AUGCCCAAUUUUCCGCCCACUGUCUACUAUCGAGAUACCUAUGGAUUCGAUGAUCGACCCAGUGAAUCAGAUAAUGAUAGUAUUACCACAAAAUCAACAGUAACCGUACGAACGACGUACAACAUAAAUCCGGGCGGUGGCGGCGGAAUGGCUAUUAAUCCCACAUAUCAACACAUUCAGAAUCGAAACGGGAAUAAUGGUGAUGCUUCGAAAAUUAUGAACUAUUCACAUGUCUCCAAUUCGUUUCAUGUCGAGCAACUAGUGACAUCAAAAAUUCUGACACCGAAUCCCAGAACAAUAUUGAUAUGUGUGUUGAUUGCAGCAGCCAGUGCAAUCCAAUUGAUGAUCUUCGCAAUGAUCGCAGUUUUCUACGAUGGACCGUUUCCAUGGCCAAUCUUGUUGUGUUUUCUGAUGCUUUGUAACUGUUUGGUCAUUUUUAUUUUCAUUAGAUGUCUACCCACGAGAGGGUGGCUGAUUGCAAGUCUGAUUGCUGCUGCUCUAUCGUUUAUUGAAUGUACGAGUCUAUUCUUUUGGACCGCGCUGCUUAUCAGUGAUGAAGAAAAAUAUCUGGAAAGUGUUGGUGCCAACGAUAACCGGAUUGUAACGAGUACUCGAAUUGCGAUGUAUAUGUGUCAGAUGCUAUUCGCACCUAUUCACUUGAUAGCAUGUGGUUUGAUAAUUUGGAAGCUACGAACUCAACUAUCUCCAUCCGACGAGAUAGUCAAUGGAUACUUUUUGAGUGAACCGGAACUUGGUCAUCAGAAAAUUCUGGUUCCAAUUGAGCUUCGCCAAAUUAGAGAUCAAAGCGAUGAUGAAACGGAAAACGCUUCAAUUGGUGUUCAGACGGGUGGAUCAAGGAAUAAUUGA